CAAGUUUGCCUGGGAGUGUUUUCCUUUUGUCAAUAAUUAAUCACCGGAAUCAGUCUGGCAGAAUUGGAGUUUUAGCAAUAGUGCAGAGGGCGGGGCCGAACACCUAACUCUUGGAGCCUCGAGGUGCCCAGCGCAGUGGGAAGCUCGCAGCAGUUGGGGAGGAGCCAAAGCAUUGGUGCUCACCUAAGCCGCAGGAGAUACACCCAACUGGGAGAUGAAGAAGCUGCAACCCAGAGAGGAGAAGUAACACACACAGAAUCAUUCCUCAGGAAAGCAAGGACAAGAACCCAGACCUGGACCCUACUAGGACAGACUUUCUGCAGCUUGAAGGAGCCAGCCAUGGAUUUCAAACGUGUGAAGGACUAUUUCUCCUGGCUGUACUAUCAAUACCAAAUCAUUAGCUGCUGUGCUGUCUUGGAGCCCUGGGAGCGAUCCAUGUUCAACACCAUCUUACUAACCAUUUUUGCUAUGGUGGUAUACACCGCCUAUGUUUUUAUCCCAAUCCACAUUCGCCUGGCUUGGGAAUUUUUCUCCAAAAUGUGUGGCUAUCACAGUACAAUUUCUAAUUGAUCUUGUUUGUAUCCUGUGAACUGGCAUUACAUAUGUGUACGUUGCUUACAAUGUAUUAAUUUAGGUGAAUACCGUAGCUUCUUUCACUAUCUCACCUGAAAAGCUCUCUCCUCUCUAUGCACUCUUAUAUCCUGCCUGAAAUUUGAGAUAGAUGUCUCUUUAGGUUCUUUUGUACAUGCUACAUUGUGCAUCAGACCAUAGAUAACACAAUGACCUUACCUCACAUACCAUAUUCUCUCAACUUAAAUCUAUGACUUUAGAUUUUGUUUUUAAUUGGGAAAUUUCAUAUAAACUUUUUCUGGGAAGUAGGCUCAUAAGAGACCUAUCAGAAUCAUAUUUAAAAUGCUCUCUUGAUACCUAUUCUAUAGUGAAGGAUAUAUUUUUAAAAAAUUUGUUCAUACACUACUGUCAAAAGUAUCCUAUCCUUGUUUACAAUAUACAAAAAGAUCUGAAUAAAUUAUACAGACCCCCUAAAGUCUUAUUUUCUAGUAACUUGCUGAUACCUAAAAUUCUUUUACUUCAAGCGCAAAAGAAUAGGUUGAAGGUAAUUAUCUCCUUUCAGACAUGGUUCAUGAAUUGUUUCAAAUGCCUCUAAAAGUCUGGCUUUAUAACAGUUUAAAAUCAACAAUGUUGAUUUUAGAUGACCCAGUAAGUAUUAUAAUACAAAAUCAUUUUAAGUGUAAGAAAAAAUAUAUAAUCAAAGUAAAUUCAGAUACUGUGACUUGUGAUGCUGCCUUGCCUUGCAUGAUGCUGGGGGAAAAGAGACAAGAAAUUGCAUCCUUUCUGUGUUUUCACUCAGUGGAGGGGUGGGGUGUGGGGAAUCAUAUAUUGGGCUACAGGAAGAAAAGCUAAUAAAUAGGCUGGAAGUAAUAUUCUACCAGCAGGAACUCGACAGUUCCAGUUAAAUGUUUUGAUACAGUGGCUCCUUUGCAGAGCAAAACCAAGAUUUAUUAAAUUUCCUUCAAAGUGUUUAUCUUAAAAACAAAUACAAGUUUUUAAUUACACUGCUGAAUCAAAUGUGAAUGCCAAAGGCCAAACCUUGAAGUUUUUCUUUCCUCUCAAUAAAUCUUAAUGUUAGUAAUUCUGGAGGGUAAAAAUGUAAAUAGUUUUUGGACAAUAUUUGCACCCUUGUUUGUGUUAUGAAAAAAAAAUUUUCCAAGGAGAGCUAAAGAGAAGAAUGUUUGGCAUGCCAAAUUAGCUUGCAUGUUUGUUAAAAAAACAAAAAUACGUGUUUUGAAGAUAAACCAGAUCUGAACAUGUAUGUGUUGAUUUUUGCAAAAUAAAUUAGGUUUAAUUUUAUAAAUAAAA